AUGCUACAAUGGCUAAACUUGAGUGCAACAAACAAAUUUCCAUCAUUUAUGGGAAUGAUUACAGCUGUUUUAGCACAAAGUGGAAGUUUCGUGGUAAUUAAAUUUGCAACAAAAGAUGGAAUUAACAAAUAUGUAAUGGUUGUUUAUUCCAUGGCACUUUCGACCAUCUUGCUUCUUCCCUUGGCUUUCUUUAACAACAGGUCACAGUGUCCUCCUCUCACCUUCUCUUUACUUUGCAGCUUCUUUUUUCUUGCUCUCCUAGGAACUUCAGCACAAAUAAUGACUUAUAGAGGCAUAGAACUUAGUUCACCAACUCUUGCAUCAGCAAUGCUUAACCUCAUUCCAGCUUUCACCUUCCUACUUGCUCUCAUUUUCAGGAUGGAAAAAAUAAAUUGGAGACAUUAUAGCAGCCAAGCUAAAGUGAUAGGAACUAUAGUAUCAAUGACCGGAGCAUUUGUUGUGAUAUGGUACAAGGGUCCACCAAUCUUCAAGAUACAUUCAUCAAGUUCUUACAACACACUUCGCUUUUCACCAAAUUUGAACUGGAUUUUGGGAGGGUUGUUAAGUGCUGGAGAUUCUUUAGCUUCAUCCAUAUGGUACAUAUAUCAGGUUUCAUUAACAAAGAAAUACCCUGCUCUAAUAGUGAUAGUCUUCUUUCAAGUACUUUUCAUAACAAUUCAAUCUGGAGUAUAUGCUUUAAUUGUGGUUAGAGAUCCUAGUGCAUGGGAACUAAAUCUUGAUAUGGGGUUGAUUGUCAUUUUUUACCAGGCAAUAUGUGCAAUAGGAAUUCGGUACUGCCUACAAAUAUGGUGUGUACAAAGAGCUGGUCCUCUCUUUUGUGCUAUGUUCAAACCAAUAGGAAUCAUCUUCACCGUUUUAUUGGGUUUUAUUUUUCUUGGAGAUGACUUUUACCUUGGAAGUUUGAUUGGUGCGAUUAUAAUAGUGAUGGGAUUUUAUGUUGUGCAAUGGGGGAAAGCUUCGGAAGAGAAAGUUGAGAGAGGGAUGGAAAACAUGGAGAGCCUGUGCAAUGAUGUUCCAUUGUUACAAAACAAAACAUAA